AUGGGCUCGGAGUGGCAGCAGCUUCGAGAAAUCAACCCUGUUUUCUGCGAGCGUGUUUCGAAGGUCUUCUUGCAUAUUGGAAACUUUUGCUUGGCUGCAGCUACGCUUGAGGAUGUACAGGCAAUCGUGGAUGAUUCGAUGAGUGAUGUUCUUAAGAUUGAGGAUCGUGUGGCGCUUACAGAGUCAGUGCAUAAGUGGUGCGCGCUUCAUCAAGGGACAGUGGAAAGGACUGUUCGCGAGAUCGGGCAGAAUGUCCGACGUGGGCCUUAUAUCCGUCGUGGGCCCAGUGUGACGGCUGCCGAUUUGUAUGAGGGGCUUUUGGCUUCUGACCCUGUGCUGGGUUUGGCUGCUCUUGAGAAGAAGUUAAAGCUUCGCAAAGCUGGAACAGGGGCGCGUGUGGAAGCAGAGGACUUUCUUCAAGGAAAGUUUCCGGCAAUUGCAGUUGACCCCGGAAGCCAUCAGCAAGCGGUGGCCGAGCCACCGAAGGAUCAGCCGGCGCCUUCUCCGGAGGAUGCAGAUGCGCCAUACUUUGUUGUUGUGAGUCGUAGUGGGCACAGACGUCUUCACAUGUCACGCACUUGUGCUGUAAGGCAGGAGCGUUGCUUGGAGACCAUUCCUUUGUACAGCAUCACUCAGGAUUCUGCAGAUGCAAUUUGUAAGUUAUGCAGGCCCCGGCUAAAGGAGCAAGGGGCGGUCAGCAGUGAGUCCGCAUCCUCAGAUGCAGUUGCACCUCCACCGCGGCCAGAUCCUUUCUGGCCACAGCGACGGUUCCGACAGUGGGACAAUGAUUGGUCCGAGAGCCCGGCCAAGUGGCAGCGAACAGGCAAAGGACGUGGCCAUGGAAAGGGCAAGAACGGCAAGGGGGGCAAGGCCAACCGCGAUGAAUCCAAGGGCGAUGGCAAGGGCCUCGGCGGUGGCAAGGGCAAGAGUGAUCAUGCGCUCUGGACACACACGGUGCAUGCAGUCCCAUCCGAUGUGGCAGCAUUUCCAGAGCUUGGCAGCAAAGGCGGCAGCACCGACCGGGGCACGGGAUGGCGAUAUCAGAUCACACUUACAGCAGCUCUGCACGCCAUCCGUUUACAGAGGCAGCAGGGCUUGUACUUCAUUCUUGAGCACCCUGAGGAUCUGGGCCGUGUGCCGUCUGGUGAGAGGCCUGCUUCCAUUUGGUCUUUUGAUGAGGUUCGUCAGAUUUGCGCUGGAGGCGAUGUCAGUUGCUGGGCAUUGCAUCAAUGCCUUUUCGGGGCUAUGUCUUGCAAACCCACUCGCUUGUUAUCCAAUCUGCCCGGAGCAUUGAACUUUGGGAUACAGAUGCCAUGUUUCAAUGAUGACGGGGACUACGUGGGGCCGCUCUUGCGCUGUCCGCAUUCACAUGCAGAUCGAGCCUGCGGUUUUCAGGAUGGCACUUGGAAAUCGGCCGCCACGGCGGCUUACCCUUCGGAGUUCGCUGCUUUCUUCGCCCGUCUCUCUUUGAGUGUGAUGCCUGAGCUGAGGGCCGUGGCUGACUCCGACCUGAUCCCAGCCAACAUCCCUUCAUCCGCCGAAGCCUUUGCCACGGAGUGCAUCGCACGCGGUUCUUUCGAUCGUGCUUCAGUUCAGAUUCUUUUCGACUUGCUUCCUAAGACUCGGCCUCAUAAGAUCACGGGCAGUGCAGCACCUGGCACCGCUUUCUUUGGAGGCACUGUGCACCAGGAGGGUCUCACCGCACCGCGGUCCACUUGUUUUACAUUCCCCGAGUCCAUGCGUGUGAUCAAUGCUUUUCUUCACUCCGUGGACCCGCACCACCGUUACGCUGCUUUUGUUCUCACAAAGAACGUGACUAGUGAGGUUCAUCGUGAUCCGCGAAAUGCAGCUGUGCCCAACAUGAUUGUGGCAAUUUCCUCCUUUACUGAUGGUGGCAUUUGGAUACAGGAUGACUCAGGUACCCAGGUGCGAUCCUUUCACGGCUCGCCCGUCACAGGCACUGUACACUCCUUACAAGACGGACCCGUCUACCUGGAUGCCCGUGGAUGUUUGCAUGCUACCCAACCUUGGGUUGGGGAUCGUCUCAUCGCCAUUGCAUACACCCCUCAGAACAUGCACCUGCUCUCUGUUGAUGAUUCGGCUUUUCUGGCUUCAUUGGGCUUUCCUGUCUUGGAUUCCUCUCCUGCGGGGGGGGAGGCACCAGCGGAAUCCUUCGUUUCCUCAGACAACUUCACCUUGGCUGCAGCAGUGCCGGCGAUAGACAACUCAGGCACUGGAGAUGCUCAGGAGGUCGUGGUGAUCGAUCAUGAGGAGUCGGCCAGGGAAGCUUUUGACCCCAAGACUAGUCGCGCUUUCGGGCAGCCCAUGAUCUGCAAGUUUGAAAUGGGCAAGCAAGAGUUUGUGGACGGCUUCGGGUUGUGUUCGCCUGGCCGUUGGGCUCCCGAGGCGAGAGAGAAGUUGGCGUCGAGUGAUGAGGUGGCACAUGCAGAGGGAAUUCGCGGAUUGCUACGAGACUUUGUGAUUGAUCAGCUGAAAGACCCCAAGGACAUGGCGUUCCGUCUCGCGACGGGCCAUGUGAAGAAUUCUCCUUUCGCGGAGUCUGCCUUGCAGAAGUUGAGGCAGAGGAUCGUCGGGUUGAUCCCAGGGGCGCCUUCAGACCUGCUGCGUGUUCCCGAGCGGCCUAGAGAUGAGAACACUUUGUCGGAUGCCAUCACCAACCACGACUUCUCGAGUUUCUGCCCGGAGCUGAGAGUUCCUUUGAAGCUGGACGAUCUGCCGCUUGAUAUUUUCCUUCGCAUGGUCCACUCCAGGAGUGCUUUCUUGGAUUCGCGUGUCAGCUUGCAGCGAUUGGUUUCGAGGGAGUCGGCAAUGUCUCGCCGGGAGAAGGAGACGAGCAAAACACCUUGGUGA